AAACUCACUUGCAGUCGAGGAGAUCUCCAAAAAGUCGUCAGAAAAUCCAAGAAAACAGGAUAUAUCGGAUCACCUAACGUCCUGAAAGUAUUAUCAUGGCUAGCCAAACACAAGGAAUUCAACAAUUGCUGGCCGCAGAAAAGCGAGCCGCUGAAAAAGUGGGCGAAGCACGGAAACGAAAGCAACGCCGUUUGAAGCAAGCCAAGGAGGAGGCACAGGAAGAAAUUGAACGAUACCGUCAGGAGCGCGAGCGACAGUUCAAAGAGUUCGAGGCGAAGCACAUGGGCAGCCGCGAGGGGGUGGCGGCCAAGAUCGAUGCGGAUACGGUCCGGAAAAUCGAGGAGAUGAACCGUUCGAUUUCGGUGAACAAGGCGGCAUUGCUGUCGGAGAUCCUUACGCUGGUGUACGACAUCAAACCGACGGUGCACAAGAACUUCCAGGUCACGAAGUAAAAUCUAUGUAAAGGCACAUGUUUUCGCUAAAUAUGAUGGGGCUCGUUAAGCGUAAGUGUACUAUCAAACCCUAAAGCCACUGAAGUUUACACACACAGGCAGGCUCGCGAGAGCAAUGUACUAGUUAAAAAAAACAGUAACAAAAAAAAUGAUUACAACAAGCGCCAUUAGAAUAAUCGAUGUUUGUCUAAGCGGAAGUAAGCCAGGGCAAUAAGCUACUUGCAGUUGUUUUUAGUUGUUCAUGUUUAUCAAAUGCGGAUUUUUUACGUUUUUGGCACACCUGUUAAGUUAAUGUUUUCUUCUACCCCACUUCCAAACAGUCCUAUUUCUUUCCCGUCGAAUUUUAGUCGCCGGACGGCUAUUAUCUUCCUCAAACCCUUUUCCUCGCUUUGUGAAGAAUUCCUCUCUUACAUUUCAUUCGAACCUGAUAGAAACCGCGCAAAUCGAAUAUUGUCGUUCCGGAGUCUCAUUCCAAAUAAAAUAAAAUUCAAUCGAUGUGUGACUUGGCUUGUCCUUCCUGUUCCUAUUUCCGCUGGGUAGUGAAAGAUGAGAUCGAAAAAGACAUGACAAUAUUUUCAAUCGAAUAAUGUACAAGAGAUGAACCCCAAGAAGGUGGCGAGGGAGGACUAUGUUGUUGAUCCUAGUACGGCUUAUCCGUGGUAGAACGCUACAGUUGAUGGCUCGAAGCUUGCAAGUGUCCCAUCGCUCUUAUCAGCUCUCGUCGUUAGGGUUUGGGGGCGCAUAAAAAUGUCCCCGUUCCACUUCGACAGCAUAAUUUGAUUUUAAUGUGUGAUUGUAUUACUUUUAACCUUGCUCUCGUUAUUCUCUUCAAUCGCAAUACUGUUGCAUCUACUAAUAUAGAACGCCUCGUGAAAUUAUAUUACCAUAUAUUAUACCCACCACGGAAACAAAUCUACCGAGAAGUCGACGUUACAUCGUAAUUCGAAUAAGCAAAUGCAGUAGUGUCUGGAGAAAAGAGUUGAUAUCAGAGUUUAAACCAGCUGGGUUUAGGACCUCCAGGAUUGAGCUAGGCUAUCGGCGAAACGUGACCCGUAAACAUCGGCUUACCUUUUAGUGAUGUCCCUCUCCUCUCUUUCCGAAUCCACUUCUCGACCUCCAGGUUCGACUGUAUUUCCGAAUGAAAUAAAGUUAAAGAUAAUGCGGUUGAAAA